AUGGAACUUCCCGAAAAUGGCUUAGAAUUCUGUAAAGCCAAAUUUAUCAAUGGUUUACCUUCUUUAUUUGCAGAAAUAGUGAAAAAGACUCUUAGAGAUCCGCAAGGAAUUAUUCCCUAUAGUAAUUUAACCUAUGGAAGGCUUAUUGGGGCUUGUAUGCAAGAAGGCAUAAAUUUGUGCAAUGAGUUAAAACUCUCAAGAAAGCUAAAUAUGGAUAAGCUUAGAGAAAAGUCUCAAUUGGGAGAUUUUUGUACUCAGUUCGGUUUACCAGAUGCUUCUAAAGAUACCAACCGAGAAACUUCUAAAUCAGAAUCUCAUAUAUCUCAUCAUAAGAAAAGAAGAUCUUGGAGAAAUACUAGAAAAGAAAGAGAUGAGCGUAGGGCUAAUCCAAGUUAUGCAACAGAGGAUGAGCAACCUGAGUCUUCUAAGGUUUAUCAAGAUUCGAAUGAUGCUUGCAAAUGUCAUGGUGAUAUUUGUCACUGCGAACAUGAUGAAUUCUACAAGAUGCAAUCUCAGUUCGAAGACAUGAAUAUGUUCACUAUCACUGCAGACAAUGAAAAGAUUAAACACAUUUCUGAAAAACUGGCCAUUGAUAUUUGUGUUAAUCAUCCUACUGCUUUUUGGAAUCGGAAAAAGCAUAUUGUAACUCUUCCAUAUGAAGAUAAUUUCUCUAAGGAAAAUAUCCAUACCAAAUCACUUCCUUGUCAGAUGAAUACCGAAUAG